AUGGAAUCUCUAUAAGAAAACCAAUAUAACUCAGAACAAGUGAUUUAAGAGGAUAUUUAGCAUGUUCUUACUGACUAGAUUAACUAAUAAAAUAUUAAAAAUAACCUCGAAACUUAGCCUGAGAAUAAGAAUCGUAGAAAUACCAACUAUCCUCUUCCUAAAACAAAAGUUAUUGGGGCAAGAUAACAAAUUUAAGCCAGAUCUGGCUCAAUUAAAUAGAAUCCUGCAGCAAAAUAGACAGAUAAUAAAUCAAAGAUAAACUCACAAUAAUCAGGUAUGCAUGAGAUAAAAUAGACACUACCGAUGAAGAGGACAUUGACUACUAAGCCAGGGACGUCUAAGAACUACUCUAAUCAUCUAAAGAAACUUGAGGAGAAGAAGUAUCAGGAUAAUUCAUUGAAGGAGCUGGAACGUAGGCGUUUCUAAGAAGCUAAGACUCGUUUGAGAAACUACGUGAUCUAUCAUUCAUUAGCUGAAAAUAGCGGGCAGGAUGAGGUUCUUGAAGAAGAGAGACGACUUGAAAGAGUGAGGCUACUGAGCUACUUCAAGCAUAGAUAUUUCACUUUCGUCAAUAUAAUGAAGGACAGUGUCAGAGCUCGAAGAGUCUCUAAAGGAGUAUAGGAGGGAAGACCUCUAGGAUUCGGCUAAGACUAAGAAGAGGAAAAAGGACAUAUGAAGGUUUUUAGUCUUAAACCUCAGAAUCAGCAAGUUAAGGGAAGCUAAAACCUAUCACCUGAGGAAGCACUGGAAGCAGUUGAUCAGGCUAUCCAAAAAUACAACAGAGAGCAUCAUUUGCCAGUAGAUUCGAAGUUAUUUGUCAUUAUAGGCCACUAUGAUGAUGUGAGAUAAGAACUUUUAAGAAAAGGUUGGGUUGAGCACGAAAGACCAGGUGAAGGUGAGAAAUUCAACUCAAUUGCCUUCAACUUCCUUUAUGCUACAAAGUCAAAGGACUGCUUUAGAAUCAACAACUUAGCCCUGAAUCAGCAUAUAAAUCACUUUGAGGGAACAAAGGCUCUAACAACCAAGGUAGGGUUAACACAUAACAUGAAGAAUCUGAUAUGGAAGCAUACUAUUGAUAUUGACGCUUCGUUCCCAUAAAGCUAUGACCUGAGUGACCUCAAGGGUGAUGAAGUCAAGGAUUGGAAGGAAGACUUUAAAUACUGCUAAGUCAUAUCAUUCCUAAAAUAAGCUAUAAACUUCAAUGCUUAGAUGAUAUCUAAGAAUCUAGAUAAGAUCAUAGUUGCCUUAUCCAUUUGCGAUAAACGACUUUAGGUUAAUGACGAGGAAAUAUUCAAGGUCAAAGAUUGGAAUCCUGAAUUCGAGCCUAUUUCUGAUGAUAUUCAUUUAGCCAUGUCAGAUUUGAAAUCCCAAGCAAACUUCAGAACAUCUCCUUGGUUUAGGAAGCUCUAGAAAAUGUACAAGCAUUUGACUGAAGAAAAUGCUAAGCAAUAAAUUAAGUUAACUCUCGAUAAAUUAGAAAUACUGCAUGGAAGAUAAUAUCAUCUGAUAGGCAACAAAAAUGCUUGGAUAGUUAAACCAGGUGGGAAAUCUCAGACAUCAAAUGAGUCUAUUUGGGUUGUUAUGAAAUAUAUUGAGAACCCACUUAUUAUCUUAAACAAGAAAUUUGACAUUAGAUAGUGGGUUGUGGUAACUAGUUGGGAGCCCCUUAGAAUCUGGUACUUUGAUGAGUGCUAUUUGAGAUUCACUUCUGAUAACUAUGAUCCGAAUAAGCUACAUGAUAAGUUCAUGCAUCUGACAAAUAACUGUGUUGCUAGUUAAUCAGCCAACUUCAACAACUCUGCUAUUGAAGGUAAUAUGUGGGACUCUACUCAGUUUAGAUAGUAUCUAAAUGAGGAAUACAAGCACAUAGAUGAAGAUGUCUACUAUAAUAAACUACAACCAUAGAUCAGGCAGGGUGUGAUUGCUAGUAUACUAGCUGCAAGGGACAUGGUUAUUCACAGAGAGAACACACAUGAGAUGUUUGGCUACGACUUCAUGGUUGAUACUUCAUUCAAUGUGUGGCUGAUUGAAGUUAAUUCAAGUCCAUCUAUGGAGCAUUCUACUUAAGUAACAGAAAGACUCGUAACAUCGAUACUUACUCAAGUUCCUCACUUAGUUGUUGACUGCUAAAACGGAUAGAUACUUGAUGAUGAAGCAAACUAAAAAUGUGGCAAAUUUGAACUUAUCUAUGCUGAAUGA